AUGGCCAACAAUUUUCAAGGCAUGGAAGAUGAUGUCCUUUUCGAAGCACAACGCAUCAAAGGCCAACAAUUAAAACGUGAAGCCGAUUCCAUCCUCACACGAUCCAUCUAUUUUGGAAACAAAUCCAAAGAUGCUGUCAAUAAAUACAAAGAAGCAGCCGAACACUUCAUGACAGGUCUCGACAAUAAGAGUGCCAUUGAUUGUUACACUGCUGCUCUGAAUGUAUGGAUAAAAAACCAAAAGAUUUUAAAUCAUUGGAAAGAGCCGACAUCAUUCUUGUAUGCAGAAGCUGGAAAGUUCUAUAAAUCGGGAGAGCUCGAGAAGGAACUUGCGGAAUAUAUUGAAGUCGAAGGAUUGAAUUUUGAAAAUGAAAAGGAUAAAGAUGGUCAUUAUAUGAAGGCUAUUGAACAUUAUAAACAUGCUGGAGAGACAUUUGAAUUGGAGAAUGCUAAAACGAGUACCAAUCAGUGUUAUGUGAAAGCGGCAGAAUUGAGUGGACUUAUUGAGAAUUAUGAAGAUGCGAUCAAAUAUUUUGAAAUUGUUGCUGCGAGAUGUUCGAAAGAAAAACUGACUGCUUUUAAUGCGAGAGAACAUUUGAUGAAGGCUCUAUUAUGUCACAUCUUGUUACAAAUGAAAAAUGCAGAGAAGGACGACUUGACGGGAGCAUUCUAUUCUUCUGUAGAUGAUUUACGUAAUGCCUACGACCGAUAUUGUGAAAUGGAUAUUUACUUGAGUGGAAGUUUGGAAGGAGAUGUUGUUUUAAAGCUAUUUGAUGCCAUUCAGAGACGAAAUCCAAAAGAAAUGGCAACCGUGUUGCGCAAGUUUGAUAGCCUCAAAGUUUUGGAUAGUUGGAAAACGACCAUUCUCUUGAAAAUCAAGGACAAUAUUUCCACGUUAGAUUUGACUUAA